AGGGCAGAGUCGCUGCAGGUUUUAUUUUUGCCUCACGUAUGACGACAAAACCGGAAUGAGGAAGAACAUGUAUUUCUUCUAAAUACUGUACAUCUAGUGCGUAGCUACGUGAAUGCAUAGCAAUAGAACCAUCUCCAGCUACUUUUACAACCUCUGCAGGUGAUUCUGCAGUACGGCAAGGAAAUGUGGCCCGGCCGGGGAGGAAGAUGCACCUUUGUGCUACCCGCAGUACUGACCUUUUUCCUCCUGGACGCUGUUGCUUAUGUUCAGGGCAAGAACUUUGAGGAUGUCCGUUGCAAGUGCAUCUGCCCGCCAUACCGAAACAUCACUGGCCACAUAUAUAACAGAAAUGUGUCUCAGAAGGAUUGUAACUGCCUCCAUGUAGUGGAGCCCAUGCCGGUGCCUGGCCACGACGUGGAAGCUUACUGCCUGUUGUGUGAGUGCAAGUACGAGGAACGAAGCAGCAACACCAUCAAGGUAACCAUCAUCAUUUACUUGUCUGUGGUGGGUGCAUUGCUGCUCUACAUGCUGUUCCUUUUGCUGGUUGAUCCUCUUAUUCGCAAACAUGACGCCUACACCCAGCCACUGCACAACGAGGAGGACUCUGAGGAGAUGCGUCCACCUGUGGACAGUGCCCAGGCCAAAGGAAACACAGUACUGGAGCGGGUUGAGGGAGCACAGCAGCGCUGGAAAAAGCAGGUCCAGGAACAGCGCAAGACAGUUUUUGAUCGUCACAAGAUGCUUAGUUAAACAUACAGUCGACAUUAAAGCAGCUUUAGAAUAGUAACUUCCCUGGGCUUCUACACCAGCGGCACUAUUACUAACCUCUCUGUCUUGGCUGUAAACUGAACCCCAGGAAUUAUUUCAUCACUGAGACAAAUUUGAACACACUGAUCUAAAAAGCAGAUUUUUUUUUUAUUGGUUAUAUUUAACAUUUUAAGCUUAAUUGCAGUUAGUAGAUAAUAGCAUGUUUGCUCACUGUUAACUGCUAGAAAAUCAUCUCAAUAAUUUUAGCAAUUUGCAAUGCAACAUAUUUUGAAUGUCUCGUUAAAGUAAGAACCUGUUUUCUCUAUUGGACCCAACUGAGCUAUGAAUCUUAUUUGUGAUCAUUGCUUUAUUAGUUUCUUGCUAGUUUGAUAUAAUAUUGAGCUGUUUUUCUUAUUGCAAAAUGUGUGAAGGUACCUCAGAACAGGUAAGCUUGUUGUGAAUUGCACAUUUCCUUCUUCAGCACUUGUUAUAAUUUAUUCAUGGUAAUUAUUAUUUGUAUUUAUUUGUCGCUGUUGCAGUGCACAGUAACCUGGUCAUAUUUACUAUCAUUUGCAUUGAGAGUAAUAAAUGGAUUGUAAAUGAUGGCUUUGUCAUUUUAAAGCUUUGACAUUGCUCCUCUUAAGACAGCCCUAUGUUCCUUUUACUGUUUCUCUCCCUGUGUGGUAAAAUGUGUUAAAGCAAAUUCCGGUUCUAAUCAUGCCUCUUAAAUGUCUAUUUACAGCUUGUAAAACACAACAGAUGGUAAAGUCUACCAAUAAACAGAUGUAUCUCAACCUACUAUUUGUUAAUCUUGAGUUUACCAUUUAAAUUCAGUAAAGUAGGCACUCCUUUUUUGUCCUGUAUUUUGCUGCAGAAAAUGAAAAUACUUUCCCAUGCAAAGAGAGAAACGGAGAGCAGAGCAUUUUAAAGAGCUUUAAAGCCAUCCUUAGUCAAAGAAAAAGUAACUGGAGAAUGUCCUAGAUAAGCAAAGCUGCUGGUAAUGCGGUUAUGUGUGGCAGAAUCAGGAUGCCUUUGAAGGGUCUUCAUGUGCAUCAGUGAAUUCCCCUUUGCAUCGCACUACUGAAGCUCCCUGUCGGGGGCAUUUUAAUACUGCACACUGACCCGCAUUAACCUUUUGCUAAAUGUGAACUGCUGAAGUUUAUUUCAAGUGUUUUUUUUGCAUUGAUUGAUUAAAUUAUAACUUCAUAUCACUGGUUUCAGUGUUUUGUAUUAUAUUUAUCUCCAGUCUAACUGGAUGUAUUGCACUGUUCAUGUCCAUAAAUUUAGCCUGAAGUAAAAGUAUUAAAUAAUA